UUUUUUUUUUUUUUUUUUAGUGUACUGUAGUAUGAAUGUGCUUAUUUAAACGUUAGUUGUCAUCUAGCGAUGUCGGUCCGUGGCACCGUCGUGCAUCUCGAAUGUUAACGUACGUCGAGACACGCCGGCUGUCGUCCAUGAGCCACAGAGGAAAGUUGUAGCUCGCGUAGAACUAUCGGCGUGUCGCUGGACGAAACGGACUAUGUCGGCGAAUAAAACAAAGAAAGUCAAAAUGGCUACUAAAUCUUGCCCUGAGUGCGACCAACAGAUUCCAGUUGCGUGCAAGUCCUGCCCGUGUGGAUAUGUGUUCAUCAGCAGAAAACUCCUAAAUGCCAAGUUAAACGAGCGCUCCCCCGCCAUAGCAGACAAGCUGGACUUUAAGCGGAGGAGGACGGAGCGCAUUCGCAGAGAGAGGAUUGACUCUCCUCUAACCAGUGACAUGGAGAACAGGAGAAGAUCUCGGGCCAACAGCCAGUCGGAUCCUAUACGGAGGGGACGGGGCAGACCAAAGUCAGUUGGGCUGAAGAAACAGGAUGAGGAGAAAGAAAAACAAGAGAAGGAAGUGGAUAUCUAUGCCAGUCUUUCUGAUGAGAAGGCCUUUGUGUUUUCUGUGGCCUUGGCCGAGAUCAACCGCAAGAUCCUGGGUCAAAAACUCAUCUUAUAGAUGCAAUCCUGAAUGACUGCGAAACCCAGCGCAGUGGACCCAUCAUAGGAAAAUUAUCAAAGAGCAACGACCAAAGAGGACCAAACUGGCUGGAGUUGAACUUUGACCUGGAUGUGCUUCACAUGGAUUAUGAUGAAGACAACGUAUUUUUUAUUUUUUUUAAGGGAUUAAAAACAUACUGCCACCAGUUCCUGCUAUGUACAGUACACAGCAUGUGUUCAACACAUGUGUUUAUAGACUAUGUCAGAUCACUUUAUUUAAGAUGAAUUUCAACUCGAUCUGAGUGCGAAUGAAACACAGUAAGAAUACGCUGCAGUGAACUCAACCCCAGACCAUCUGGACUCAAACAUCCUUCUGUACAGAUUUUUUAUUUUUUUUUAAUUGUCAAAUCCCUGUUGUUACCUGAGGAAUUAUAUUAAGUCACAGUAAUGAAAUCAAUUAGAAUAAGUUUCUACUAUUGAACACUAAAUAACAAAUUCAUUUAUUUCGAUUCUGUGGCCUCAAAAAUGUUCUUGGACAUUUACAAAAACUAACAUUUGAAUAUUUUACCUUGCUGAUCAAACAUUUGAGCUAAUGAGCUCUUAUUUCAUGAGAACAGCAAUAGCAAGAAUUCCAUCUGCCAUGGUUAGUGUAGUUUUAGCUUCUAUAUUAUGUGCAAUCUUAGCUCAUCUGGAACAAACUUAUUGAUAAAGUUCUAAAGGGAUGUAAAGGGUCUGUAGUUAACAAAUUGUUCAGUGGCCAAAAGGUGAUGUACAUUUCUUAGACAUUAUCACUGGUUCCUGCACAUUUGGUCGCAGAAAGCAGUUUUUAAUAAACAUUUAACCUGUCUAGCUGCCAGGAUUAGUUUCCACUCAGGUUCAGGGGCUUGUGGUCCAAAAUGACCAGCACCUACUGUCUGGUUCUUUGGGUCAAAUCCUACUGUGGACAUGGAGAACUGUGAUGCUGCUGAUUAAGCCGGACAUAUAAUGAUAUUAAAACGGUAAUGGACCACGGUGAAGUGUUUUGGGAACACUAUUGUCAUGGGGACUGGCACAAUGUUACCCAGACAGGAAAAAAAGAAAGGAAAUACCAGCAAACAGGUUCAGCCAACAAAUGCACACUGCACCGUUUCAAAAGCAGUUCGGCACCACAGAGCUUUGAAAAAUAAAUGAAUCUGUAGUCUAUUUCAUUUUUUAAAAAGAGCUGAGAUUAUGCAUUAGACCAGAUAUACCACACCACUUAGUAAGCUGAAGAAUGAUUGAAGACAUAACUGCAUGUCCUACAAUUUCAUCAAUUUAGGAAUAUAAAAAAUAAAAUUAUUGUCAUGGUG